GUGUCACGCCGAAUUUUCUCGAUUUCAGUCAUUGACCGCUGUCAGUAAGAAGGAUUUUAAUAUAUUAUAGAAAAUGGCCACGGUUUUGAUUGCAAUAGAUGAGAGCCAGUUUGCAGAAAAUGCCUUCAAAUGGUAUGUAGAAAACUUCCACAAACCUGAAAACAAGGUGAUUUUGUUACACGUCAUUGAAAAUCUUGGAAUUACGGACAUGAGUCCGGCCCGGUAUAUGGAGCUACAGAGGGAGGCGAAACAAAAAGCCGAGGCCCUGAAGGACAAAUACGCAGCCAUGUGUCAGGGACUUGGGUUCCAAGCCGACAUCCGAAUCAAAACAUCCGACAAACCGGAACACGCCAUUGUGGACAUUGCUGAAAAAGAGAAGGUGACGUAUAUAGUUUCCGGAAGUCGAGGAAUGGGCCUAAUCAGGCGGACAAUACUGGGCAGCACCAGCGACUUCAUCCUCCAUCACGCCCACUGCCCAGUUCUAAUCUGCAAGAGCCAGUAAAUCAGAAUCCAUCUGUAUUGUAAGCUUAUGUAUCCAGACCAAAAUGUAGGAGUUAAAAUCUGAAUUAUGCAUUAUACAUGUAUUUUGUUUAUGGGCUAAGCAUUUGGAAUGCUUGAAAAAAUGAGUGUUAUCUUUCAAAAAAAAAAAAAAGAGAAUAAAAUUUGAAUGCACACGUUUUUAAUUCUUGCAUAAAAUGCCUUAUAAAAUAAUGUUAUCAUUUUAUUUUACUUUAUUUUAUGUUAUGAUAUGCCAAGCACAAAAACUGAAAAAAAACUGUACUGUUUCUCUUUAAACUAUAUUUUUGAAUUCAAAACUUCAAAUUAAGGGAGUGGAAGUAAUAGAUGAGCAAGCAUAGUAACAUUGAGAUAUUGUGCUGUGAAAUACAUCUGCAUCUAGAUCAGAUACAGGAGUUUUUGUGUUCAUAUACAUGUUGAUGGAUGUGUUAAAAACAAAUGGUUGUUCGGACAUUUUAUUGUUUAGAGAUAUGUAAAGUACUAUACAUGUAGUAGUUGUUAUGGCAUAAUAUAUUGACAAUGUUAAGUCAUCAUAAUAUUUUAGUUUAGAUUUAGUGUAAACAUAAACUAGUAUACCUAAUUUUAUUCAGGAGCAAUGAAUUGAUUUUUUAAGUGUAAAAAUAAUUGAUUUCUUGUUAAUUAUAUGAAGCCGUAAAGAAGAUUUACAACUCUGUCAUUCCAAAAUUUCAAAGGAAGUUUCAACUUUAAUGUCAAAGAAUUGUUUACAUCUUCAUCCGAUUUUUUUCAUCAAUUGACCAAGCUUUGUGGGUUGUAUGUAAUCAUGCAAUUUAAAUGUACAAUAUUUUUCGUUUUUUAGACAGCUGCAUUUAAAUGUCAAGGACGAACUUUACGUUGUUUUCAUUUUUUACCCUUUUCUAUAGGUAUGAGGAAAUUGUUCUCCAUCAAAUAUAUUUACUCAAUCACAAUGAUAUUUUGUUUUUAUCAAAUGCAUUUUAAUAAAUGUGAAUUGAA